AUGGCUGCCAGCCCAUAUUUUUGGGAGCCUUGCGUGAUGGGGAUAACCUUGCUUGGCUAUGUGGUGCUGGUGGUAAAUGCCUUAAUCAAUCGAAGACAGCGAUGGCGACUCUCCGAAGAAUCGAAGAUGAUGUCGGAAUGUGAAAGGUGCUCUGUGGACCUGGCCAACAGCUUGAUGCCAGCUUCCAAGGUGCCAGAAUACCGUUUCAGAGGCAUGCACUUGAAGAUGUCAGGAAUCAGCAUUGAGUUUGACAACUUGGGAGUGAAGCUCAAAUCCAGCAGGAAGUGCAUUCUUGAGGGUGUGAGUGGUGAAUUUCGUUCCAAGAGGGUGGCAGCUAUCAUGGGGCCGUCUGGGGCAGGGAAGACGACCUUCAUGAACGCCUUGUGUGGUCGCGCCUACUAUGGGACCACCACGGGUUCCAUCCGCAUCAAUGGGGAGCCCAGCAGCAUUGCGGAGAUCAAGCAGUUUCGCGGCUUCGUGCCACAGGAUGACAUUCUCCAUGAGCACCUGACGGUGCGUGAGCAACUCUACUAUUCUGCACGUUUGCGUAAUGCGGAGGACACGCCACCAGAGAUGAUCAACAACAUCGUGGAAGACGUGUUGAAUGUGAUGCAGCUGCUGGAUGUGCAACAUAGUUUGGUCGGAAAUGUGGAGAAGCGCGGCAUUAGUGGAGGACAGCGAAAGCGAGUUAACAUCGGUUUGGAGCUUGCUGCGCGUCCCAAAGUCUUGAUGCUGGACGAGCCGACCAGUGGCUUAGACGCCAGCACCGCAUUGGAGAUCAUUCGCUCGGUGAAGCGUCUCACAGGUAUAGGCAUGACAGUGGUGAUGGUAGUGCACCAACCUCGCUAUUCUCUUUUCACGCUCUUUGAUGACUUGCUCCUUCUCGGUUUGGGUGGCCGAACGGUCUACUCGGGCAAAAGCGAGGGUGCUCUGCCCUACUUCCGGCACUUGGGCUUCCAAAUGCCUCAGCAUGAAAACCCAGCAGAUUGGGUCGUAGAUGUGAUUUCUGGAAAGGUGUGGAACGAGAAAGACCCGACACUGUCAAGAAAGUUGCCGGAGGCAUGGGCUGAGUUCAUGCCAAAUCUCACAGCUCUACUUAUUGAUUUGGAGAUGCAGGACACAGCUGAAGAGCAGAUUGAUAGCUUCGCGUUCACGAUGGCUUUGGAUGCCAAGCUGUCCAGUGCAGGAUACAAAGAUAUUGAUGACUUGAGCCAGGAGCAGUUCCUGAGCUUCUUGGAAUUCCUGCAGAUCCAGAAACCUUCUGAUGCUGCAUGGGCACACCUCACCGAACGCAUGGGGUUUGAAGAUGGAUUCAUCAGUCAACAGAGGUUGGUCUCUUUCCUUCUAGGUUUGACCGGGUCCUUCUCUUCUCAGGAUGAGGCUGAGGAUGUUGCAUCGGAGGCCUCCAACAUGACAAAGCAGCGCUUCAUUAGUUGGAUUCGCCGCAAAAAGCCACGGCUGGGAGGGCAUCAUCAGCGCUUUCUCUUCCAGUACCUCAUUUUGCUUCACCAAAAUAGUCUCCGAUGGGCACGAGACUGGAAGCACAAGCUCAUCAGCACAUGCCUGAGCAUGUUCACAGCAGCAGUUUUCGGAACGCAAUGCAAACAGAAGCUGAUCCCUGAAAAUAUCUUGUGUCCAGGUAAGAUCAGCACUUCUCAGCUCGCCCUGGGACUUGUUUGUGGAGUUGUAAGUCUGCAAAUUUUUUCUCUCGAUCGGCCACUCUUUUGGCGCGAGAGUGCCAGCGGAGUCGGAGUCGCUGCCUUUUAUUGGGCGAGAUUGACGGUGGCCCUCUUCGAUGUGCUCGUAUGGUGCUAUUUGUACGCAACGGUGUGGGUGAGUUUUGCACAGGCGCCAUGCAGCUUUUGGUUAUGGCUGAUUCCCUUCCGCAUGACAGCCCUGUGUGCCAGUGGCGUGGGUGUUUUCAUGUCGACGGUGGUGCCGAAGCAGAGCACCACGCUCGCCACGACGGUGCUCUUGCUGGUCAUGGGCGGAGCUCUCAGCGAUCCGGAGAGUAUCGCGGAGUCCGAGGGUCUUGGCAGUGCACUGGCGUUUCUUUCUCCGUUCACAUGGACGGCGGGUGAGAACUACCUGGCAGUGAUUGAGGUGAGCGGUGGAGAGGAGGCCGUGGACUUCUUUGCAAUCCCCAUCAUGGAGGGAUACCAGAAGAUCUUGCAAUGUUUAGGGGGAAGUGCUUUGGGCUACCUGCACUCUGCUUCGAUUUUCUGUAGCAUUUUUGGAGUCAUUCUGUUGAUGUUUGGGUACUUUGGGCUUCGCUUUGUUCAUCGUGGCAAGCAGGCAUAA